AUUAAAAAUGUGAUUUGGUCUCAAACGCAAAGCAAAGUAUUCCUGAAUAUUUCAAUUGGCGGUAAAAAAUCUACCGAUGAUAUCGUAAUUGCAAAAAAGUUUUUGAAAAUAAACAUCCAUCCACACUUUUAUGAGAUUUUUUUCGAGCAUCCGAUUUGUGUUGAACAAAGCUGUUGUAAACUUUUGGAGUCAAGCAUUAAAUUUGAUUUGAAAAAAGAAAAGGACGAGUGGUGGUCAAAUCUUGGCAAGACCAAAAAAUUAUCUGAUAAUCUUGGCGAUGGGGCAAUCAUAUCCAAUGACACAGUUAAAGAAAUAUUCGAUGAAUACGAGAAGAAUAUCCAAGAAGAACAAACACUUGAGCGAAAGGAACAAACAACUUGGAAAAGAAAUGAAAUCGAUAAGGAAAUUGAACGCCAAAACCAAAUUCGCAAUAAAAUUGAAAAAAUCAAAUCUACGCUAGAAUGCCAUCAAAUCACAUCGAGCAGAAUUGUCGAUGAAGCUGUUGAACAAGUAUCAACAACUUCUGCGACAUCACAUCCAGAUAAAAUGAAAAUAAUUCUACCUGUACGGCCAUGUGGUAGAAUUGAUGUGAAUUUUAGUUCACGUGAAUUUAUUACACCAAAGCGGGAAUCACAAGAGAAUGCAGAACGAGAAUGGUGUGCAAAACAACACGAAAUAAUGAUCAAUCGUAUUGGAUUUUCUGACAAAGACCUCAGUUCAGACGAACGCGAUCCAAUUUUUUUAAUGAAAAAAGGAUAUGAGUUUCUGGAAAAGAAAAACUAUUUGGCUGCUGUCAGUACAUUCAGUUUUUGCCUAACUAAAAUGUCAAACGAUUUACCUGAACUUUAUUUAGGAAGAGCCAGAGCACAAUAUGCUCUUCAAAAUUAUAAACGUUGUGCUGAAGACUGUUCUGAUGCACUUGAAAGGUUCAAGCCUGAAGUUCAAUCGAAUUUGAUGGAACGAAUACAUUGCUUUUGGCUACGAGGACAUUGCUUAAUAUCCUUGGGACUUAUUGAACAUGGUGAAAGGGAAAUACAAAUGGCAGUACAUUUAGAUCCGCAUAAUUUUGAACGGAAUAAAAGAUAUUUCAUAGAUUCAAAUUAA